AUGAAUCUGUUUCUUUUACAGAGUCACUCAAAGACUACCUCCAUACAAUGCAGUAAAACGAAAGUAAAGCUCGUUCAUCGAUUUCAAAGGGACGCUGUCUUCUCUUUCUGCUGUCUGGCUAACUUCCAAUCUCAAAAAACUUAUGCGUCACUCUUGUGGAUGACUCGCACAGGUAGUCUAACACUCUGUACAGAAUUAGUUCAUACAGAUACAAUUCGAUCAUUUUUUUUGUUUCCAUUAAUUUUUUAUUCGAACUUCGUUUCGCCAUUUUUUACUUUUACAACGAACAUUUACACUGGGGUGUCAUCCACCUCUCCACCCCGAUCAGUUGCGAAAAACUAUCGGAGAUGA